CAGCGUGCAAUCUCUUACUCCCUAUUUUUUAAAUCAGAUUAACGUGAUCUUAUCAAAGCACACUCCCCAGAAUAGUAAUAUUCAGUCUUAAAAUUCAGAGGAUAAGCAUAAAUAUGAAAUUCGAAUAAAAAAGCUCCCAAACAGGAUACCUGAUUUCUCUAAGCCAUGGCACAUUCCUUUUCCAUCUUCUUUGUCCAACAACUUGUUUCCUUUGUCAUCAUCAUCACCUUCAUGAAUGUCUUCUGCAUUGGCCAAUCCACCCCAAAGUUCUCUGCAAUCAUUAUUUUUGGUGACUCAACGGUCGAUACUGGAAAUAACAACUACAUCCUAACCACAUUCAAAGGAAACCACCCACCUUACGGUCAGCAGUAUCCCGGCAAGGUCCCGACCGGGAGGUUUUCGGACGGAAAACUCGUCCCUGACCUUCUGGCAUCUGCCAUGGGAAUCAAGGACAGUGUUCCUCCGUUCCUGCAACCGUACCUUUCCGAGGAAGAACUUCUGACCGGAGUCAGUUUUGCCUCGGCGGGGUCAGGCUUGGAUGAGUUAACCACCAUUGCUUCUAGAGUGAUCCCAAUGUCCCAGCAAUUGACCAUGUUUCAAGAUUACAUAAAGAUGCUGAAAAGGAUUGCGGGAGAGGAAGAAGCGGAAAGGAUAAUUAACAAUGCCUUUGUCCUCAUCAGUGCAGGACCUAAUGAUUUCAUCUUCAAUUACUAUGACAUUCCUACAAGAAGGCAGCAGUUCAGUAUCAGUGGCUAUCAAGAUUUUUUGCAGCUUAAGCUCCGAAAAUUCGUUGAGG